AUGUGGGUAAAUAUGAUGGCUCGCAGUGGAGGAGGCGCUAAAAAGACUGCCAUGGGUCAGCGUAUUAUAGCGAUUCUUCCCUACAUUAAGCAGGAAAUUCCCGUAAUGAUAGUAUUUCGUGCACUUGGAUUUGUCUCGGAUCGUGAUAUCCUUGAGCACAUCAUUUAUGACUUUGAAGAUCCAGAAAUGAUGGAAAUGGUGAAACCAUCUCUCGAUGAAGCUUUUGUCAUACAGGAACAAAAUGUCGCGCUUAACUUCAUCGGUGCACGUGGAGCAAAGCCUGGAGUAACAAAAGAACAACGUAUCAAGUACGCGAAAGAAAUUUUGCAGAAAGAACUGCUUCCUCAUGUUGGCGUGUCAGAUUUCUGUGAAACGAAGAAAGCGUAUUUCAUUGGCUACAUGGUGCAUCGGUUGCUCUUGGCCGCGCUGGGUCGCCGAGAACUCGACGAUCGUGAUCAUAUUGGGAAUAAGCGUCUGGACCUUGCCGGUCCUCUGCUAGCGUUCUUGUUCCGAGCGCUGUUCAGAAAUCUUUUGAAAGAGAUGCGGCUCACAGCGCAGAAGUAUAUUAACAAAAACGGUGACUUUUCGCUUGAUGUCUGCGUAAAAACUUCAACUAUCACUCGUGGACUCGCCUAUUCACUCGCUACCGGGAACUGGGGUGAUCAGAAGAAGGCGCAUCAGUCCAGAGCCGGAGUGUCGCAGGUAUUGAAUCGGCUCACCUACACAGCCACCUUAUCACAUUUACGUCGAGCUAAUUCACCCAUUGGAAGAGAAGGAAAGCUUGCAAAACCUCGACAACUUCACAACACACAGUGGGGGAUGGUAUGUCCUGCUGAAACACCUGAAGGUCAAGCUGUCGGUUUGGUGAAGAAUCUUGCACUCAUGGCGUACAUCUCUGUCGGUUCGCUACCUGAGCCAAUCUUGGAGUUCUUGGAAGAGUGGUCGAUGGAGAAUCUCGAAGAAGUAGCACCUUCUUCCAUCGCUGAUGCGACAAAAAUCUUUGUGAACGGUGCCUGGGUAGGAAUUCAUCGCGAUCCGGAACAUCUCAUGACCACAUUGAAGAAGCUCCGAAGACAAAUGGACAUCAUCGUGUCGGAGGUAUCGAUGGUUCGUGACAUACGAGAUCGAGAAAUACGUAUUUAUACGGACGCAGGACGAGUUUGUCGGCCUCUUCUUAUCGUCGAGAAACAAAAACUAGCCUUAAAGAAGCGUCAUAUCGACAAACUGAAGGAAAGGGAAUCCGGUAGUAAUUACAGUUGGUCUGAUCUCGUCGGUGGUGGAGUUGUUGAACUGAUCGAUGCCAUGGAAGAAGAGACCGUCAUGCUUGCGAUGAUGCCUGAAGAUCUGAAAGCAGGUGGUUACUGCGAUACCUACACCCACUGUGAGAUCCAUCCUGCAAUGAUUCUCGGUGUAUGCGCAUCGAUUAUUCCAUUCCCUGAUCAUAACCAAAGUCCAAGGAACACUUACCAAAGUGCUAUGGGUAAACAAGCUAUGGGUGUAUAUACUACGAAUUUCCAUGUUCGAAUGGACACGCUUGCACAUGUGCUCUACUAUCCGCAAAAACCUCUUGUUACUACAAGAUCCAUGGAAUAUUUGAGGUUCAAUGAACUUCCGGCUGGAAUUAAUGCCAUUGUUGCCAUUCUUUCUUACUCUGGUUACAACCAAGAAGAUUCUGUGAUUAUGAAUCAGUCCGCAAUAGACAGAGGUCUAUUCAGAUCGGUGUUCUACCGUUCUUAUCGAGAUCAAGAAGCAAACCUGGAUGGAGCCAAUGAAGAACUCAUUGAGAAACCGACUCGUGACAAAUGUUCCGGAAUGCGACAUUCUCUCUAUGACAAGCUUGAUGAAGACGGAAUUAUCUCGCCUGGAAUGCGAGUUUCUGGCGACGAUGUCAUUAUCGGCAAAACUGUGGCUCUUCCCGAAGUUGAUGACGAUUUGGAUGCAAGCAGUAAGAAGUACACGAAACGCGAUGCUUCAACAUUCCUGCGCAGUUCCGAAACGGGCAUUAUUGACCAGGUUAUGUUUCGUUGA